AUGGAGUGCAGCUACCUAUCCUGGGAAGUCGAUGCCUUGGUCAACCCAUUACGCGAAGUCACAGAGACUUGCACCUUCAACCCCCAAACCCCUUUAGCAUACUUCGCCAACAACUACGUCCUAUCCUUCGACGACUUUACCGACUUGGACAAGGCAGCAAAGUCGACCGUCACUCUGAACCCGAACACCAUCGCCAAGGUCUUUCUCGUCUUGAGAGGCGUAGUCAGUGGUAAGAACGAAGAUAAUCGUGCGAAACUGGAGAACUUUGACUAG